ACGCCAACAUACUUGUCCACUCAAUGCAACCGCUUUCUCUCUCCACAAAUUCAACCCCAAAUUCAUUCAUCAAUUCUCCAAAUCAAUUCAUCCAAACUCCAGAAAAUCAAAAAACCCAGAAUCCCAAUUUCACAAUCAAACCUUCAAAGAUGCCGAAGAAGAUGGGUGUAAACAGCAAAGCCGAGGACGCCAAAGCUCGAAAAGCCGCCGCAGAAGCCGAGAAGAAGGCUCAAGAAGCCAAGCAAAAGGAAGACCAGUACUGGCGCGAAGCCGAAGGCUCCAAAUCCAGAGCCGCCAAGAAACGCGAGGAAGAAGAGCAGAAACGCGCCGAAGCCGCGGCUAAGAAAGCCGAGGCGCGCCGAUUAGCCGAGCAAGAGGAGCAAGAAAUUGAGAAGUCCCUGAAAAAGCUUGAUAAGAAGGCGAAUAGGGUUAUGGGGGCGACGCCGACGAAGGUUACGGAGGCGGAGUUGCGGCGGAGGAAGGAGAAAGAGGAGGAGGAGAUGCGGCGGAAGGCGGAGGAGGCGAAGAAGAAGCAGAGUAGGAUGGCGGGAGAAGAUGAGUAUGAGAAGAUUGUGUUGGUUGAGAAUCGGAAUAGAGAAGGUGAUUUGAUUGAGGCUCAUACUGUUGAAGAAGCUCUUGCUCAGAUUUCUGUUGCUGAUACUUUGCCUGUUGAUAAGCAUCCUGAGAAGAGACUUAAGGCUUCUUUUAAGGCUUUUGAAGAAGCUGAAUUACCAAGGCUGAAGGCUGACAAACCAGGUCUGACACACACUCAGUAUAAGGAAAUGAUAUGGAAACUGUGGAAGAAAUCUCCUGACAACCCUCUCAACAGAGUUGAAGAAUGAUGUGUGAUAAGGAGGCUGUAACCGUAGAAUUACACUGGCAUUCUGAAGAACACUAUCAAUAACUGCGACACAUUCUCUGUAUGAGUAAUCUAUUCCUGGACUACUAUAUGCAAAUCUGAUCAUUUCUUUCAAGGCUCCACCAAGAAUCUGUGUGCAUAUGGUGUGCCUUUAGUAAUAAAGCUUCCUCCUCUUUGGAAUCCCCCUCCCCUCAUUUUGUCGUAGUUGCACUGUGUUACAUGAUUGGAUCAGGCUGUUAACUUAUUCUUAUACUGUGUACCAUAGCUAGAGUGUUGACAUUUGAGGCUUUUGCUAUCUUGGCACUUUACAUAUUAAGUUUUAUAAUGUGAAUGCCGAAUUUGAUGCUCAAACUUCUAUGAAAGUGUGAAGAUGGUUAUUCUGGUAUGAGUAGUAUUGUAUUGAAUUUUCUGUAUGAGUAGCAUCAUUCAAGAUCUUA